AUGGGUGCGUCUGCCGGCUACGGGCAAGCAAUGCAUAGCGGCAAGUGUGCCAUGCACAAGCUGGGCAUUCAGGUUUUGCAUUCACCCGACAUGAUGGCGAUCAUGGACGCAAAGGACACACUGUGUAAGGUGACUUUGUUGAGCAUUCGUUCGGAGGACAUGCUCGCAGACCACACAGCAGAUGAGUUUGCAACUGGCUUCAAGAAGAGGCCGGCUUUUCAGCUGCGCGGCAUCAAGCAGAACAGAGGCUCGUCAUGCGAGGGGGAAUGGAUCACCAAGCGGCAACCUAGCAGCUCAUGCCCUUCACCUGUUGCGAUGGUGUUUACGGGUUCGAAGGACAUGCUGUGCAGAGUGGCCAUAUUGAACAUGGGCUGGGAGGACUCGCUCGCACCACUCACCAUAAAGGAGUCUGCGACUGGCUUCAAGAAGUCGCUGGCUUUCAGGCCGCACGGCAUCAAGCAGAGCAGAGGCUCGUCAGGCGAGGGCGUUUGCACCACCAAGCGGCAACCUGGCAGCUCAUGCACUUCACCCGAUGUGAUGGUGUUUAUGGGCUCGAAGGACAUGCUGCGCAAGGUGGCCAUGUUGAACAUAUGUGUGGAGAUGGCUUGGAGGACAAUGCUCGCACACUUCACCGUGAUGGCUGCCAUCAAGAAGACGCCGGCUUUUCAGCUGAGAGGCAUCAAGCAGAGCAGAGGCUCGUCAGGAAUUUGCGGCUGGCUGCAUGAAGACGUCGGCUUUCCAGCAGUGCGCCAUCAAGCAGAACAGAGGCUCGUCAGGCCUUCGAUCUAA